AUGAGCAAAGAUCUCAGCCAAGUCUCCAUGGAGGGUUUAAAACUACCAGAUUUUGUCGGCUGUACGCUUUACGUUAAUUUACAUAACAAUAGAAUACUAAAAGGCUCACUAAUGGCCCUUGACGCUCAAUUGAACUUACUGCUUGAUCAUGUGCAAGAGCGUGCAGGUGAUGGUAAUCGAAGGACUUUGGGUCUGGUGAGCGUUCCAAGGAAGACUAUCCAAGCUAUCAAAGUACCACAAGCUGAACUAAAUCAAUUGGUUCAAUUCAAGCGAAAUUUAUUGAAAAAUGUGGUCUGA